UCAGUGAUGUCUUCGCCAAAGAAGCCCAAGAAUGAGACCGAAGCCGAGAAACGGGAUAAAGAGAUGGAGUCUCUUAAGAAAGAGGUUGUUAUGGAUGAACACAAAGUGUCUUUGGAUGAGCUCUUCGCCAGAUAUGGUCUGCAGAGCCCAGAGGCCGGACUCACUGAGGCUAAGGCCAAAGAGGUGUUGGCCAGGGAUGGACCCAAUGCUCUUCUCCCACCGCCAAAGACACCGGAAUGGGUGAAGUUCUGCCGACAACUGUUCGGAGGGUUCGCUCUCUUGCUAUGGAUCGGAGCCUUCCUCUGCUUCUUCGCCUAUGGCAUAGAAGUGGUCACAUCUGGUGAACCCAAUCCCGACAAUUUAUACUUAGGAAUAGUGCUCACAGUUGUGGUCAUCAUUUCGGGCGUCUUUGCCUACUAUCAGGAAUCCAAGUCAUCAGCAAUUAUGGAGUCCUUUAAGAAUUUAGUGCCACAGACGGCAACAGUGGUGCGCGACGGACAGGUGGUGACCAUCGGUGUUGAAGGCGUUGUGGUCGGGGAUGUGGUCGAAGUGAAAGGCGGCGACAGAAUACCCGCCGAUAUUCGUGUUAUUAAAGCCCACGGAUGCAAAGUAGACAACUCAUCACUGACGGGUGAAUCUGAGCCCCAGAGCCGCAACACCGUGAAGACGAGUGACAACCCUUUGGAGACCUCCAAUUUGGCCUUCUUCUCGACCAACUGUGUCGAGGGCGCCGCCACUGGGGUUGUGGUCAAUACGGGCGACCGAACUAUUAUGGGUCGUAUCGCUAACCUGACGGCCGGUCUAGAGAUGGGUCAGACACCCAUUGCCCGCGAAAUCGAGCGCUUUAUUAAAAUCAUAACAGCCAUAGCAGUCUUUCUGGGCGUCACCUUCUUUAUCAUAGCCAUUGCAGUGGGCUAUCACUGGUUGGAAGCCGUCGUCUUCCUAAUAGGCAUUAUUGUGGCCAAUGUUCCCGAAGGACUGUUGGUAACUGUGACCGUAUGUCUCACAUUAACGGCCAAACGGAUGGCCAGUAAGAACUGUUUGGUGAAGAACUUGGAGGCCGUGGAGACGUUAGGCUCGACGUCCACCAUAUGUAGCGACAAAACGGGAACUCUGACCCAAAACCGGAUGACAGUCGCGCACAUGUGGUUCGACAACCAUAUCAUUGAGGUGGACACUACUGAGGACCAGACCGGUGUCCAGUACGACAAGAGCUCCUCCGGUUGGAAGUCAUUGAGUCGCGCCUGUUGUCUCUGCAGUCGGUGUGAGUUUAAGGGCGGUCAGGACAACAUCCCUAUCCUUAAACGUGAGUGUGCGGGCGAUGCGUCCGAAUCAGCAAUUUUGAAAUGUAUGGAAAUAGCGAUCGGAAAUGUGACUCAACUCAGGAAACGAAACCCAAAGGUCUGCGAAAUACCAUUCAAUUCGACGAACAAAUAUCAUGUGACUAUCCACGAGACGGAGGACCACAACGACCCGAGCUAUUUGUUAUGUAUGAAGGGCGCCCCGGAACGCAUACUCGACCGCUCGGGCACUAUAUUCAUCAACGGCGAGGAGAAACCUUUGGAUAAGGAUAUGAAGGAUGCCUUUAACGACGCCUAUCUUAAGUUGGGAGGUCUAGGCGAACGGGUAAUCGGUUUGUGUGACUUGAAACUGCCGGCCGAUAAGUAUCCGUCCGGAUUUACCUUCAACUCGGAUGAGCCCAACUUCCCACUGACUAACCUCCGGUUCCUGGGCUUAGUGUCGAUGAUUGAUCCGCCGAGAGCUGCGGUGCCCGACGCUGUGGCCAAAUGCAGGAGCGCCGGCAUUAAAGUGAUUAUGGUUACCGGCGAUCACCCCAUCACUGCUAAGGCUAUAGCCAAAGCCGUCGGCAUUAUAUCAAAAGGCACUGAGACCAUAGAAGACAUCGCUCUGAGAACUAAUACUCCGGUAGAAAAGGUGAACCCGAAGGACGCGAAGGCGGCU